AUGGGUCGUGUCAUCCGCAAUCAGAGGAAAGGUCGUGGAUCUAUAUUCACGGCCAAUACUCGCCUGAACAAAGCGCCGGCACAAUUUAGAACCUACGACUUUGCAGAAAGACAUGGCUACAUACGUGGGGUCGUAAAGGACGUCAUCCACGACCCUGGCCGCGGGGCCCCUCUGGCUAAAGUUCAAUUUCGCGACCCUUAUCGAUUCAAGCUCCACACAGAGACAUUUAUUGCAAAUGAGGGCAUGUACACAGGGCAAUUCAUCUACGCCGGCAAGAAGGCGGCUCUCACAAUUGGGAACGUCCUACCUCUCGGCUCAGUACCAGAAGGUACAGUCGUGACGAACGUCGAGGAGAAGAGCGGAGAUCGAGGCGCCUUGGGCAGAACCUCGGGCAACUACGUUACAGUCAUAGGCCAUAACCCGGAUGAAGGAAAGACAAGAGUAAAGCUGCCAAGUGGGGCGAAAAAGGUCAUCCACAGCAAUGCACGGGGGAUGAUUGGGAUCGUCGCGGGAGGUGGGAGGACUGACAAGCCACUCCUAAAGGCGUCAAGAGCCAAGCAUAAGUUCGCUGUGAAGAGAAACUCGUGGCCCAAAACUCGUGGUGUUGCCAUGAAUCCAGUCGACCAUCCUCACGGUGGUGGUAAUCACCAACAUAUCGGCAAAGCUUCAACGAUUUCACGGUACGCUGCAUCAGGUCAAAAGGCUGGUCUUAUCGCAGCUCGGAGAACGGGUCUUCUGCGCGGUACCCAGAAGACGAAGGAUUAG